UGACGUCAUUACUGUGCGCCUGCAUGUGGAGGACGCCGGGUAGUUUGUCAAAUGAAAUCCUUCGAGUGGUUGAGUAAUUUUCGCAGCACUGCUCGUGUUUUACAACAGAGGACGAGGCUCCACGGACAGAGGCACCAGCAGACAUGUCGUACUGCAGAGAAGAGGGUAAGGAUCGCAUCAUCUUCGUGACAAAGGAAGACCACGAAGCCCCGAGCAACGCUGAGCUGAUCGCAGAUGACCCCGAUGAUCCUUAUGAAGAGCAGGGCCUGAUCCUGCCAAAUGGAGACAUCAACUGGAACUGCCCAUGCCUGGGUGGCAUGGCCAGCGGUCCGUGUGGUUCACAGUUUAAAGAAGCAUUCUCCUGCUUCCACUACAGUAAAGAAGAAGUGAAGGGCUCUGAGUGCAUUGACCACUUCCGUAACAUGCAGGAGUGCAUGCAGAGGUACCCUGAGCUAUAUCCCCAGGAGGAAGAUAAAGACGAGUCCAACCCUGAUUCUGUCUCGGCUGCCCCGGCCGAGAGCUCUGCCUUAUCUGCUCACACUGACUCUACCCCAGCCAGUGACAGUGUGUCACCUACAGACAGCCAGACUACCAGCUAAGGCCGGUCACCACAGGCAUCAUCCACAGGCUCAUACUCUCUGUGUGCAACACUGCCCAGCAUAAAUGACACUGAGGAGCUUGAAUGACUUUCUUCUCCUAUUCAAUCUUAUGCAGAAGUCUUGCAUCGCACUCACACACAUGAAUACAGUGUAGUUGGCAACAUCUGACCUCUCCUGGGGGCUGUGUUUUUAGCACAUAAUUUGCAUUCUCUGCCCCAACUUCAUAGUUCCUCUUGGAUGUUUUAAAGUUUGAGUUUUCAACAUGUUAUGUAGUGGAGUAUCCACUAGUUUUUUGCUCUCACCUGGCUGUUGCUAGUCAUGUUUCAGAUCAUAUUUUGCCUUGUAGGGCAGCUGAGCAGUUUUAAACAGCCUCUGCUGCUCGGUGGUUUUGAGACCGGUCAUCCUACGCAGUCAAAGCAGCCAUUACUGUCCCAGCCUCUUGGAUCUGUAUAUGUGAACAUCCUGCUUGAGUGAUACAGCUCUGACGCUUAUGGAGAAUAUUUCCACAGGCCAGAAGUUGACACCUUUUGGGUAACAGAGACACGCAGCAUAUGUGCAAAGGGUGGGCUGUAUUGUCUGUGGGGAACCGAGAAAUCAAUGAUUUACUGGCUGUUGGCCAGAAUAUUUGCAUCAGGGACAUUAGCGUAAAGACUCAUUUAUAUGCAUUAGGUAAAUUAAAUUUCUCUGUAUUAUCAUGAAAAACACUUCUCUGUAUCUGUUAUUUUAAUGUGACUGUUAAGGAUAGUUACUUUCUUCACUCAUACAAUUACCUUUAUCAUUGAUUCAUCACUAAUUAUUCAGCAUUUCCUAGGAGUUUAGCUCAUUAAAGACAAGCUUUCAAUCGUAGCAGAUGAACCUCAUUCAGAGACCAAAACAAACCUGCAGUUACUGAUUGCGUGCAGUGGCUUACAGUUACAUCAUUAACAGUUUAACAUCUUGUAGACGUAUCAGUGUUUCCACCUACAGUACGUCUGCUGCCAUGUGAACAACAGUCAACAAUAGUGUGUUGAGCCUAGACCAAAGUGAAGCGUCACAUGUACCUGUUGCUGCGUCGCUGUUUCUGUCUCAUUGUUGUCUCCAGUUAAAUACUGUGCUCACUGUUCAGUAGCUUUCAGGCCUUAAACAACUUCUCAGACUUGUUCAGAUUAAAGUUCUCGUCAAACAGUU